AUGCCAGACCAAACGAAAUACAUCAACAAGCUUACUGGAUGCCGUAUCCUAGUCAUUGGCGGAACUUCUGGCGUCGGCUUUGAUGCUGCCGAAGCAGCAAUCGAAUACGGUGCCACCAAAGUUAUACUCUCCUCGUCCUCCCAGGCCCGAAUUGACUCUGCGAUUGCCAAAUUGAAAACUGCCUAUCCCUCUUCCCGCGCGGAGAUCAUAGGAUUUGCUGCAAAUCUAGCGGAGGAGUCGACCCUCGAAGAAACGGUUCAAAAUUUGUUCUCAAAGGUUGGGGUCCUUGACCACAUUAUCUUCACGGCAGGAGAUUCACCUCAGCUCACGCCUUUCGUCGACACCGAUUUCACCACCAUGAAGCAAACCGGUAUGGUCCGCUUCUUUGCCCCGUUGCUUGUUGCUCAAUACGGACAUAAAAAUCUUGCUCCCGGUCCAGCAAGUUCGAUUACUUUGACAACUGGUGUGUCCGGUGAAAAGCCGAUUGCAGGGUGGGCGGUGACAAGUUCAUACCUGAGCGGACUACAUGGCAUGAUGAGAGGCCUUGCGUUGGAUUUGAAGCCCACCAGGGUGAACUUGGUGAGCCCCGGUGGUAUGGAUACCGCGAUGUGGAAUGUUUUGGAUUCUGAGAGCAAGGCCAGUGUACUUUCUGAAUUGGGAAAGCUUACUACGACUGGGCAUGUGGGCAGAUCGCAGGAUAUUGCAGAGGCGUAUCUUUAUUGUAUGAAAGAUUGGAAUUUGACCGGUACCGUUAUCAGUAGCAAUGGAGGGAGGCUACUGGUUUAA